CUUUCCAUCCUUCUCUCUUUCUCUCUCGAGCAUUCGAUACAACUGGCCUAUAUCGGUCGGCACUAGGCCACUCUUUCUCCCUCCUACCUUCUUUCUCGUCAUCCGACGAGAAACGAAAUGGCCCUUUCGUGCGAUAACAGAGAAAAUCCCAACGUUGCUCUUACCCUCGCCGAGCCCUGAUUUUCAAUUUUGCUCGCGUGGGACUUCGAAAUUUGGCACGUUUUCGACGAUCCCGUGGCGGAUGAACAAAAUUUCUAUUCCACCUCAAAAGUACCUUUUAAAUUAUGGCACGUAUAUUAACUCCGAUGUUAUUUAAUGAAACUUCGAGUACUUUAUUAUUUCAUUGAACAAUGGCGAAAUAUUCAUUCUCUUUUAAAUCUUCAAUAUGAUAAGAGAUUGCUUAAAAACAACGUCGAGAGAAUAUUUUAAACAUCUAACAAAAGGAGAAUGAAUAAAUAAACGAUCGAAGAGGAACACCUCCGUGGAAAAGUACGCGUGAGGUUGCCAGGAGCAACGCAACGCGCUCAGAGCUAAUAAAUUCGCAAAGCUCGUCUACAAAUUCGUCCACGCGGCCUCUCUCUAACAAUAACCUUCGGCAAAACGGUGAUGUCGUCGACAGUGACACUCUUGAAGAACCUCAAAGUGUUAACAUGUAACGGCUUAAUCGUUGUAUAUAAGCGAGUUGCAUAUUUGCAAACUUCGAUCGAUUUCUCGACGUUCACCUCUAACUUUCUUAUCGUUGAUUUCAUAAAAUAAAAUUUGUCAAAGACGCGGCACGCGCGAACAUCUUACGUAGAGCUUGGCAUUCCUUCGAUCACAACUCAAAUUAAGAUAUCCCUCAAGCGCUGAACAACUUUCUCCUACUUAAUUACCUUCGCACGUAAUUCACAGAAGACUCACGUGCUCUUAUCACUGUACAUAGAAACUCUGUGAAAAUCACUGAUCCCUUGAUAGAGAAGACACUCUUAGAAGUUUCGAAACGCCGAAGAAGUAUAUCGAAAACUAAAGGCAGGAGGAGGACGUCGUACUAAGAUCCGCCGGUCGUUCGUGAUGGAUCUACGCGUCUCUCUAACAAUAAACUAAGACAAAACGACGAAGACGAAGAGUCAGGAGGAUGUCGUUUCGUCGUCUGUGGCGAAGAUCGCGAAGAACAAGAAGAAGAUGAGAAGAUGGAGUAAGAGGAGGAAAAAGAGGUGGUAGUAAGGAGGAAGGAGAAGCAAGAGAAGGAGGAGAAAGAGGAAUUAGAGGACACGAAAAAGAAGACGUGGGUUCGAGCGUGUAGGGGCCGCACGCGUUACAAAACAGUCUAACGGACUCUAACGCACUAUGCGUGCAAAAGGAGGCACGCUAUUAGUACGGCGAGCUACUGCUCUCUCUCUCUCUCUCCCCUCUCCCUCCCAAUGUAACCCACUCGAGACACUCAUCGAAUGCAUGUACACGUGCACGUGUACGUACACUCAUACACCAUCUUAUGGUACGGUGUCAUCUUAUCGUGAGUUUUUUAUGCGAUCCUGCACGCGCGUGGAAACCGAAAGGAUCGACUCACGUUGCAAGGGGAGCUUUGUGGACGGAAACCGUGUAGUGUAUGCCCCCGGCCAAUAACACAUGCCUGUUAUUUUCAUUGGAGAUGAGCCAAAUAUGAAUGAAAGACGUUCCUAAAGAAAAUCAUACUCAUUUCACUUUUUUAGUUGGACACGCUGCGAAAGCCAAUUUACUUUUAGUUUACGCUUUUUCCUCUUUCUCAAAUUGAGCCAGCAAAUUUGUAUAUUCGAAGAUGAUUGUAUAAUAUCGAAAUGAUUACAUAUGGGAAUAGCUUAUUUUCUGUAAUCUUGUGGAUAAAUAAAGACAACGAGAUCAGGAUAUCUCACUUUCGUGGAAAAGAAGAAAAAUAAAACCCUAGGAAUGUGUCCACAUUAUGUAUCUCAAAUACAAUAAGAGUUUCGAAUCUCGCGGGAACUUUUGCCGGAUCAUCUAUGCGAUACUACUAACGGAAUAAAGAGAAGAAGAAAGAGUGGGAGGGUCAGAGUGGAGACGCGGGAUAUUAUGCAGAUAAAAUAUUCAUGGCCAUUGGAAUCCUCGAUCGGAUCCGCCUUUAUUUUUCGGGAUGAAUAGAAAUGGUGCCACCCUCGUUGACCCGUGGCCCGCAAUUCUUUUCCAACCAACGACAAUGAGACGAAAAAAGGUAGAGAGAAUGAGAGAAAGAGAAAGAGAGAGAAUGAGUGAGUGAGGGAGGGAGAGAAAGAGAGAGAUCGAGAAAAAGAGAAGUGGAAAGAGAAAAACAGAGAAAGAAACGCGCACGCGUGAAAGAGGCCAAAUCACACGCGUCUCUUGCAUCGUAUUAUCCUUUGUGAGUAUUAUCGACUAUACGAAUCUAACUAAACUCGAAGUUGUCCAUCCAACGAAAAACUAUUUUAUUUUCUUUUUUUAUUAUUAUAUAUUAUAUAUCCCCAACGUGAUAACUUUUAAAAAAGUAAAACUUCGUUAAAAGUUAAUCGAUCGGAUGAUACACCCAUUGCAAAAAGUGUUCUUUUUCUUUUUAAAUUCACCUUUCUACUUUAUAAUGUACAUAUGUCGAACAAUGACGAUGAAGACAAAAAAAUUAACCAGAUUUAAUGUCGAGACCUGGUGAAUUUAAUUACCGUUUCAAUGUGUACCCUCCUUUCUUUAAUGAUAACGGAUGCUUUUUAUUAAAUUCAUGAAUUACGCUAGUGGGGAUUGACUCGAUCAUGGAAUAUAAGUUCCGCAUGAUUAAUUAUAAAAAACUUAAAACUCAUUAAGAAAGUAACAAAGUUUUUAUUAAGGGCUCUUCUCGAUCGACAUUCUUAUGAGGACAAAAAAAAUAUAUUUUCGACCGAGGAUCAUGAACAAGAGGUUCACAAAGUUUCUUAAAACCAAGGGCACUCUUAAAGGUAAUUUUAAGGCUUUAAAAACAAGAAAAAAAAAAAGGAAAAAUAUUUACAACGAAUAAAAAUCAUCGUUGCCAAUAAGAUCGUUCGCGCCAUCAGAAAAUUUCUAAACCUUCGAUAUUUUUCUAAAGUCCAAAGAAUAUUAGCGAAUGAUGGAUGUGUUUUCACGCGUACGCGCGUUGGCCGGUAUUGCCUUUGCAAUUUUCAGAGGCCCUACUUCGAGCCCUUUCAAAGUUGAGGUGGUCGCCAGGCGCGUCGAACUAUCCGCGAGAUAUCGAUGUGAAAAAUGAUACGAGAGUUCCGUUCGCCGUAAUGCCAUCCCGUUCUAUUUUCGCUAUCGGCACAUAUAAUGUUACAUGGGAAAAGCUUAAAACGUCAGUCACGUAGCGAUGGACGACGGAAGAAUUUGACGCAAAACGACUAUAUUCCUCGAAGUAAUGGGAAGAAGCUUAACGAUAUAUCGAAGAAGAAAUCCCUAUUUUAUAUACGCCAACUUCUUUUUCUUGCGAUUCUCCUACCUUCUUUUCCUUCUCUUUCUCCUCUUCUUUUCAUAUUUAAAACUCUGCAUUUUUCGCAAAAAAAAAUAUAAAUAUAAAACUUUCUUUUACGUAGCAGCUAAUUAUAUCGCAUGCCUUGUAACAAGCGUAUCUCAUUAUCGUGAUAUAAUUAGAAAAGCUCUGUAAGUCGUCAGUGAAAAUCUUAAUACCACGUGAGUGCAUUCCUAGGUUAACGACGUUGAUUCAUUUCCCGCCUCUCUCUCUCUCUCUCUCUCUCUCUCUCUCUCUCUCUCUCUCUCUCUCUCUUUCUUUUUUUCUUUUACAUAUACUCUCUGACCGACAAUCAAUAGCGUUAUUGUUUCCCUAAUUGGACAAAUAUUUACUCCUUCGCUCUCUCAUUUUCUCACUCUCGGUUCCUUUCUCUUUCGUAUUUAAGAAUUUGCCAACGUAAACGAGAUAGUGUAUAUGAGCUACCUUAUGAUACGUGUGUACAUAUAUAUAUGUAUAUAUAUGUAUACAUAUAUAUAUAUAUAUAUCAUGUAUACAUAUAUAUAUAUAUCAUGACACACAUACAGAGUGAUAGAUACUAAUUUCAAGUUAUACAUUUCGUUCGAAAAUAUUUUAUUAUUAAAAUAUAUUCAGAAUAAUCCUUACGUAUCUUUAUCGCGAUUAAACGCGAUCAGUUACAGAAUAAAUAAUUUUCGAUGAGUUAAAUCACAAUUUCCAAAAUGUAUCUGCAUAUCAAAAAGGUCUGUGUUAAUAAUUAGUCUGUUUUAAAGGUACCCGCGAUAAUGUUUACGUUUAGAAGGGAAAACUUGAAGGGGCAACUUGAAAAUGGUACAUAAUAUAUUACAAAAAUUUUUUUUCAUUGAAGUAAACAAUAAAUAUUUAACAUACAAAAAUUAUCUGCUCCUACUUUUCUAUUCUCUUUUUUAAGCUCACAAUAAAAUGAGAAAUGGUGAAACGAGUUACAUAGAUGCGUUAAGAACACAGUUUUAAGAGAAUUGGUAUGUUCGUAAGCGUUUACGCUCCAGGUAGUAGUCACAUCCAGUCCAAAGCAAGACUCAAGUUAGAGGCCACACAUAGGAACACUUCGUGGUAAUCCUUUGAUUACAGCCUGUUUCGAGAGUUAGGUGAAUCACGAGGAAACGCGUAAGAUGAUAUUCCUGAAUGGAAGGGCCGGAAGCCGAAGCCGUCCUUCAUAAGGGAGGAGAAUACACGAUGUCGCGCGCGCAAGAGAGAGAAGGGGGAGAGAGGGAGGAGAGAUAGAGACAAACAUCGUAGUACACACCGACUACCGGUUACCGCUUGAUACGCUGUAUAUACGACUCUCGAGCUCGGCGUAACACAUCCGGUGUGUAGUGGUAACGAAAUACACAGUAACACUAUAUCCGAGAUAUUCAUCCACGGCAUGACGUUACAAGCUGAAUACCCGCUUGCUCAUAAUAUGCAUCCAAAGGUAUCGCGUGGCAUCCAAAUUAAUCCUGGUCUUGAGAAGCCCGCAGAUAUAAUCAAAGGUCUUCGACAUCCGAUUGACGAUUAGUGAUUUCUCUCUAAAGCAAAUUUCCGCUUUCCCCAUAGUAACGUACAAACUUUACUAAAAUUAUAUUAGUACACAUUAUCAGUAUAUAUUGUCUAUUCUCUGAUAAUCUAAAUACUUGCCACUUGUCACACAAUGACAUUAUAGAAACCGAGUAAAAAGAAAGAAAAAAGGAAUUAGAAAUUUUCAAAGGUCACAAAAUUCAUCGUGAAAUACAUUCAAUCGAAAUCACACGCACGAAUGACCAUACGGAAGCACCAUAAAGCUAAUGAUCCCUAAGUGAUCCGUACCACGACGACAUGAUGACUGUUGUGCCAGAGAGGAUGGGAUUACGAGCAACGAACGGAAUGGAACGGUACAUCCCAUCAUUAUCCAAUGAUCCGACAUCUCUUUACCGACGGUACGAACCACACCUCUGUGCACACGAUCGUUUCCCGCAUGGAACAAUUCGAUUCCUAACUAGGUUUUUUAAUUCAAACUUUGCUAUCUCUCACGAACCUAUUAACAUUGAUAUGAACAUGUCAGGAUAUGAACGCAAUACUAUUACCGUAUAUCAGUCAAACUACAGCAGCCGCAAGAUCAUUGUAUUGGUCGUUUAUCAAGUUCUAAAGCGUCGCAUACUGAUGGAUAGACAUAUACCUGGAUCACCCGUUAAAUAAGAUUUGCUAUACUAUAGAUCGUCAUCAGCCAUGUGAUCGAGUACCUCGACUGAGUAAACCAACCACCGAAAGAAAUUAUUUGCGGUUAGACGCAUAUCAUAUUCAACUUCGAAAUACGAAGACUUUGUUGGAACAAACGACGAUGUAGCACUAUCUAUGUAAGCGUAUCAGUCUCUUUUAUUGAUGUAAUUGGAUAUCCAUCUACACGAAACUCAGAAAAGAUCAAUAUAUAGUAGCGUGCAAAUGUGAGAAAAUUAUUUCUAAGAUCUUAUCGAAUUUACACGAAUCUAAGCAAUCUUGUAAUUGUGAGAGAAAAUACAUUUAUUAUUAUCACAAUUGAAUGAGAAGUUACCACGAAAAAGUCGAACUUGAAUACCUAACCCUUAUUAUUUAACGUUACAUAAGCUAUAUAACGUUAUAUUGCACGUACCUACGAGGAAGAAGUAGUUUCAGGCGGAACGAGAGCGUUUGCCGCGUGUUUUCCGGCCAUUCGUCAUUUUUAGAGGUCGGCUUUCGGUCGAUGAGGUAUUAAAUUAUAUUUCACCACAGUGAUUAACGAUCUAGAGAUGUAUUAUUAAACCUUAGAGCAAGCCGGGACAUAAAAUUCUUAUGAGAGAGAAAUGGUCAAACCCUUAUUCUCAUCUCCAUCACCUUCUAUUCUUCUUAUUUUGUCUUUUUGCAUUUGUUUUAACACAUAUGUGCUUAUGUGCAUUUAUAAGUCAUGUACGUUUACACUUAUACACAUCAUUUGUUAAUAACACGUAAUACGAUGUAAUAUUUCGAAUAAAAUUGAUCAAUAAUUUAUGUAUAAUCGUCAAAGGAAAAAUAAAAUUGUAAAACAUAUCAAAUGAAUAAUCUACAAUAUACAUACGAAAGAAUCAAAUAAAAAUUGAACUUCUUUUCUUUAUAAGAUUUUAUAUAAUAUAAAUUGAUGUAUUUAACUUACCUCUCUCUUGUUAUACGGUCUCUUCAAAAAUACAUAAGAACAUCUUUCGAAGUCACCAUAAAUAAUCACCAAAAUUUUCUUCAAAAUUGUUCGUAGCAGAAGAAGCUCGAAGAUAUCUACGUCGUAACAGUUGAAGAACUACACAUUUUCAAAUUAAACAAAUGAAAUAAAAAGUAUUUGCGCAUGCGCAAUAAGUUCCCAAUACGCGAUCUUGUUGUUUUCAUACAUAUAAGAUAAUGAACAAUAACUUACAUAUUGUUUUAAAUUGAUUUAUGAGAUAUUUGUAAAUUAGAUAUUUUUAUAUUUUUCACAGCAUAAUAAUUUUUUUUAAUAUUUAAUAUAACAAUUUGUAUGUUCUUAAAAGUAAAGUGAAAAUCUUAUUAAAUUCAACUGUGGCGCUGCUGUCGCAGUCUAUAGAAUACAUGCACGUGUUCUAAGUUUCUUAUAAGAUAUAAAUAAAACGAUAUUUAUCCAUUCGAUAAAUAUUGUUUUAUUUUUAAAUAUUUAUUGGUAUAUUUCUUUCAGAACCCUUAGCAAUGUUGCAAGAUUAUUUAAUAAACCAUUAUUCAUCUCGAUUAGAACAAAUAUUAAAUGCUGUGGAAGAAUAUGCGCAUUAUCCGAUUUAUGUGAACUGAUCCUGAAAUUGCACAAAAAAUCUUGCGCUAUCCUAGAUAUUAUUUACCUUUAUGUGAUGAAGCAGCAAUUGAAGCUCAAGAAAAAAUAGCCAAAGCACAACAAGUUGUAAAGAAAUUGGUUCAUAUCAGAAUUACUGCUGUUCCUAUAACAAUGCAACACGGACAGAUUGGUGAACUAGUUUGUACAAGUGGAAUCACAGUUAGAACGUCUCAACCUUCUAUCAUAAAACUUAAAAAAAAAUUCAAAUGUAAAAAGUGUCAAUAUGUAUCUAUAAUCAAGUUUGAAUGGGAACGACAUAUGUUUCAAAGUAUUAAGGAAUGUCAAGCAUGUCAUGCGAAGAAGAUAGAAACUUUGACAAAUUUAGAACCAGAUGAUUGUUCUGAUUAUCAGGAAAUAAAAAUUCAAGAACAAAAUCAAAAGGAUACAAACAAGUCUUAUAUGGUUGGACUACAAAUAAUUUUAUUGGAUGAUUUAGUUGAUAAAUGCAGGCCAGGAGAUAGUUUAGAGAUUAGUGGAGUAGUUGUACGUAAAUGGGGAACUUUAUCAGCUGGACGGCAGGCAGAAGCAACAACACUAAUGAUAGCGAAUAGUAUUUCAAUACGUCGUAAAAUAACUGACAUUACAUUUUCCAAUCAAGAAAUGCAAGACAUUUUUAAAAGUUAUUGGCAGCAACAUGAAAAUGAUCCUUUGGUUGGAAGAGAUAAUAUACUUGCAUCAAUUUGUCCUCAACUAUAUGGAAUGUAUACAGUAAAAUUAGCAUUAGCUGUUGUUUUAGCUGGUGGUGUAUCAAAAACAAAUGAAUCAGGUACACGUGUCAGAGGUGAGCCACAUCUUCUUAUGAUUGGUGAUCCCGGAACUGGGAAGUCUCAAUUACUUCGUACUGCCUCUAGAUUAUCAACAACAUCUGUUCUUACAACUGGUAUUGGCACAACUGCAGCUGGUCUUACAGCUGCUGCUGUCAAAGAUACAGAUGGUUGGCAUUUAGAAGGUGGUGCUUUGGUAUUAGCUGAUGGAGGUGUUUGUUGCAUUGAUGAAUUUAAUACAAUGAGUUCUCAUGACAGAGCAUGUGUGCAUGAAGCUAUGGAACAACAAACAAUAUCAAUUGCCAAAGCAGGUUUAGUGAGUACUCUAAAUUCUCGAUGUACAGUUAUUGCUGCUAUUAAUCCAGAUGGAGGACAAUUUGUAGAUGGUGAAGAAUGGAAAACACGUUUGGGAAAUCCCCUUUUAUCACGAUUUGACCUAAUCCUUCUUCUCAAAGACAAUAAAAAUCCAGAAUGGGAUAAAAUGACAUCUGAUCAUAUUUUAAAAGCGGCUUAUGAAUUUAAUGAUACAGAAGCUCAAACAGAUACAAUGCAACAUAUAGAUUCUGUAAAAUUAGAAGGAUUAUGGACGGAAGAAAGUUUACGCGAGUAUUUAGCACAUGUACAUACAUUGAAACCAAUUCUUACACUAGAAGCAGAAAAAGUUCUUAGUGCAACUUAUCUUUACCAUAGAUCGAAUCCAGAAAGAAGAGCGGAACGAACUACCGUACGACUUUUAGAUAGCUUGAUCAGAUUAGCUGAAGGUCAUGCAAGAUUAAUGUGUAGAUCAGAGGUACAACUUAUGGAUGCUAUAAUUGCAGCAGAUUUAACUGGUAUUCUUAGAAGUAAUAUGGGAAUUGGAUGCCCUUUUCCUACUAAUCCAAAAUACACAUAUCAUUGCAGAGGAAAGGAGAUAUUGAAAACUCUUGAUUUGCAAAUACUAAAAUCAUUCCUAUAAUGUAUUAAAUGCAUAUUAAAUAACGAAUUUAUGAAUGUGAUUUUGAUGACGCUUUUAUAUUUUUAGUCUGACAUUUUAUAUUUAAUUUU